ACAUGGAAAAUUCUACCUUAUAUGACGGUAUGGAAAACGAGACUGAAGUGCAAUAUGACGAUGAAGAGGGUACCACGAUAAUGUACGAUGCCACUGGCACGAUGACACCGAGUCCAGAAAAUUUCGGACGACCAACCUACCCACGAUGUUCUGCCCAAGACGAAGCGCUGAAUUUGGCCUUCACGAUCGGGUCUUUCUUGCUAAGCGGUCUGACAUUCCCUAUAGGAAUGGCUAUGGACAAGUUUGGUUGCAGAUUGCUAAGAAUGGUCGGAGCAAUCAUGUUCAUUGCGUCCUGCCUGAUCUUUGGCUGGACACCUGUUGAACUGUCAGAGAUGAUUAUCCCUGCCGUAUCUCUCAAUGGAGUCGGAGGUAUCAUGAUCACCUUUACAUCAUUUCAGGUUGCCAAUUUGUUUGGUACAAAGAGAUCUACAGUGAUCAGUCUCAACAUUGGUUCAUACGCAUCGGCAGCCAUCUUGUUCCUCAUCCUAAAGGGUCUCUAUGAUGUAGGUGUGAGCAGACAAGCCAUGUUCACUGGUCUAGCAAUAGCUACAUUAUUUGUCAUCAUUAACUGCUACAUUAACAUCCCCAAAGAACCCAUCCCAGAUCCUGAAGGAUCAGCUUUCGGAAUGCAUUGGCAGAUUUUGAAGGUUAACCACAAAGUCACUGGCAAGCAGUUCUAUUCUAUGGUAACCAAUGUUGGACGCAAGCUAAGUGUAACUGAUGAAGCUGCUGAAGAAGCCAAACAGACUAUGAUUCGCAAAGGAAGCAAGAUCUACUCUUCACAAUUGAACCUUGCCAUUGAGCUGAAAGAGCGCAAGAAGAAGAAGAAGGAAAACACCCUGCUUUAUUCUGUCUGCAGUCCUAUCUACAUUCUCUCUCUUAUUGUCAUGUGCAUCACCCAACUUCGUCUUCUGUUCUUCAUCGGUUCCCUAACUCAAAUGCUUCAGCUUGUCAGUGGCAAUGACGUAGACAAAGUGGAUCAGUACAUCUACAUCUUUGGUAUGAUGCAGUUGAUGUGCCUUUUCACCAGCCCUCUGAUUGGUUUAGUCAUGGACUUCAAGAUCAAGGAGGUUCUCCAAGCAGCCAAAGACCGGGAACGACGCUCCAGUCGUCGCGAGAGUACAUCCAAGAGACCCGGUUCCAUUAGCGGCGAGUCCAAGCGCCCAAGCAUCAUUAGUCUUUCUUUCUUGAAUGGAGAAGCCAGGAGACAGAGCAAUGGGUCGGUUGGAAAUGGACACGCUAAGAGACUUGGCAGCACAAGUGGCGAUGUUGAACUGGGACUGAAUGGAAUGAAUGGAAAUGGAGCAGUAUCAACAAAGCAGAGGCAUCCAAGCACAUCCAGUACUUCUAGCAGCGACAGCACGAACCCAAAGCCACCGAUGAGUCUAAAGAUCAGGAAACUCUAUAAUUCAAGCUAUGCCUUCUUCAUUACAAGUGUUCUCAUCAUGUUCUUUGGCGUCACUGUCUUAAUACCAAACCUCCAACUUCAAAUUCUUAGCUUCAUCCUUCAUACUGUGAUCCGAGGGUUUAUUCAUUCAGCUGUGUGUGGGCUCUACGCAAUCACUUACCCAGCCCCUCAGGUCGGCCGUCUCAUUGGUCUCCAAUCCCUCAUUUCGGCUUGUGCAACACUUCUACAGUACCCUAUCUUCAUUACGAUAGAGGGCCCACUCAAUGGCGACCCUUUCUAUGUAAAUGUUGUGAUGUUGGCACUGUCUGUGCUCAACUUUGGUCUUCCAGCCUACAUGUUCUACCUCGCCAAGAAGCUUCGAAGGGAACAGAAGAAUGAGCAGGAGCCCGAUGAACAGAAACUCAUCAGGUCGCCUACCAGCAAGAGUGCCCUGGAAACUGUUCCUGAACAUGUCUGAAUGAAGAGAGAUUUCUCUCUGACGGUUUGAAGGACUUGACACCGAGACACCAUUCUGGUUAUUCUCAUGGCAGAGGGCAUCCAUUGAUUAGUUAUGCUUGGUGGAGAAUAGAGAGACAUCGGUGGACCCUUAUAGACUGUAGAGAGUCUCAAAAGUAUUUGGUGAUCGGGUGGCCGACUUGCAGCCAUAGUGUGUCCUUGUUGAUGAACUGUUAAAGCCUGCAAAAGUAUUCCAAGAUCCAAAAGGUUUCAAGGAGCUCUCAUGCACGCUGGACUCGACUUAAAAAGAUGCAAAUGAAUUGCAUGUUUUUCCAGAAUUCAAGUAUGGCCUGCUUGUUGAAGAUUCAUGAGAGGCAGAGUAUUGAUGUGCAGGACAGAUCCUCUAUUUAUUGAACAAUUAAGAAAUAUUUCUUUGUGUCUAUAACAACUUGCCACAUAUUCUACUUACCUUACGGCUUAUAAGCCAUCUCCCUCUUAAGUUCAGAUGAUACAAAGGAUUUAUUAUAUCAUGACAUAUUGACAAUAAUCAACUUUUCUAUUUGAAUAAUAUCCUCUAAGAACUUUUAUUUCAUUUCAAGCUAUAUAAGGUGAAGGGUCUGUUGCUUCCAGGUGUCUAAAGUUAUAUUGCAAGUUUCCAAGAAUACAUUGUUGAACAUGUAUAUUCUAUAUGUAGCAAAUCUUCAUUUAUGUGCAUGAGUAUAACAUGCACAACUAACAAGUGUGUGAAUUAAGAAAUAUGUUGCUUGAAUAAGGGACAUGUAUACCUGGUAAAGUAGACAUGCCUAUUCAUGGGUGAUCAACAUUUAAUAUAUUUUUUUGUGUGUUGCAUAGUAGCUCAGGUCAGAAUGUUGAAUGGCUCAAAUGUCAAGCUGGUUUAAGAGCGAUGCAUAUUGGAUGAAAGCAGACUACAUGUUUGUGCCUUGAAGUCCAAGACUUCAUCACAGGCUUAGUGUUUAAAAUAUUCAAGUCAUUAGAGUGUGUGAAUAAUUCAAAGUAUACAUAAUUUGCACAACGCAUGGAGAAACAGAAAUAAUUUGCUUUACAUGACUGAGAUUUAUCUGCCUAUGGAAUGAAUUAUGGGAUAAAACAUGCAAAAGUAGCAUUGCAGAUUAAGAAAGUCUUAAAAGCAUGCCCAAAUAUAAACGGUUUUGUACCUUAAUAUGCUGCAGAUGUUUGAAUGUUGAUUUUUUUUUGUUCUGUAUAAAUUCAUUGCUAUAUACAUGACAACAUUUUUGUAUUGUGGUGGAAGUAAUUUGACCGGGAAUAGUUCUCUUAAUGUAGAAAAAUUUGGAUAAAAAAGGCAUGCGUAUUUAAUGGUAAAUAUGUUUUUGUCAUUUCAUUAACUUAUUCUAUGAUGUUGACUUUAUCCUCAUCCUCAUUUGGAACCAUGACUUACAUUGCCCAUGGAUACAUACAGUUAACCUCAAAUUCUAAUGGGAACAUUAUAUUUAUGCAUUCAAAAUAUUGGUUUAUUUUAGUGCAAGGUUAUGCUGUAUAUAUUUUAACAGCUAGAAGGUAAAUAAAUGUAUUCUUAGUCUUUCUGGCAUAUUAAGUGUGAAUAACUUCUUGUGCAUUCCAUCAUGUCACAGCUACCAGGUUGAGACCCAUGAACUUGAUAACAAACUUCCCAUUAAAGAUUGUUGCAAUUGACUUUUAAUUAAUACAAAAAAAAUCUUUGUGAUGCCAGCUAGCCCUUGAGUGAAGGAAAGGACUUGAUAAAGUACAAUAAAUUUGAAAUCUCUAUAUCGAUUUGAGGGAGGGAAUUAACAAGAGGGGGACAAGAAAAUUACAUCAUUACAAUGAUUUGUACAUUAUAGAUGGAAUAGAGCUCACCUUUAAGAGGCUGAUUAAGGGGGAAGUGGUUUGAUCCGAUAACAAUGAUCGGUCGCAAGAAUUUGUUCCCUUCAGCUUUGUGUACCCCACAAAGUUUUGCAAUUUUAAAAGUGAUUUCAAUAAUUGAUAACGCGUAAAGAUAAUGCAAGGAAUUGAAAAAUUCAACAUAAUCAAUUUGCACAAGUGUUACAGCUGGGCCCGGAAUAAAGCAGCAUUUCAUAACUACACGAGUUUAAAGGUCUUAAACCGAAGAUUUGUAUUCGUAACUUAAGGUUAUUGUAUCUUGUAUGAUUCAGGGGUAUGAAUUAUACUUUGGUUUGCAUUUUGUAUUUAGUGGUAGGAAGAAAGUGCAAUUCGUAGGCUUUUUUUUAGAUACAUGUGUGUUGUGUGAUUCUUAGGUUCCUCUUUUGUUAGAUUUGAACAGAAUAAAAUCUGUGUGCUGAUUAAUGUUUGCAUCAUGUUCUGAUCCGAUUUUAAAGAUAUCCCGACUUCUUUGACUUUGACGAUGUUCAUGUAUGCUAUCUAAGAUUAUUUUUAUAUAAACAGUAUUUGAAAUGGCAUUUGUUGAGCUCUUUGUUUACAAAUUCAUGAAUGCUAGAUGUAACCAAAUGACUUUUUUUAUAUGUGGAGUAAUGAGCAGAUGCAGGCGUGUGAUUUGUUACUCUUCCGCACCCAGCCAAGCAGUGGUUGGGAAGGCAAGGGGAAAAAAUUAAGAGAUGGAUUUCACAAAGUAACUAUUUAUAAAUCCUCGACAUUUAUUUUUACAAGCAACACCUGAAAUAGAUCAUUAACUUUGAGAGCUUUUCUAUUUAUGACAGUUCUUGACAGACCCUAAGCUGUUCCAGAGCAAACAAAGACUUUGUUCUGUGUUGCUGUUGAUACUCUGUGUCAAUAGCAAAUCGGUGGUCUAUCUUGGUUUGAUAUGUCUGAAUAUAUAUCCACGUGUAUCAUACAUUUUUGAAGAUGUAAUAAAAAAGAAGUAGUUCUAUAUUGGCAAGGU